CUUUAAUUUUGUCAGGAUUUUUACUAGAAGAGCGGUGUCUUCCUUAUCCCGCCCCACCCUAAUCUCACUUCCGGCCCGGCAGUCCUUUUAACCACCACUACCUCACCAUUCCAGCGAUUAUCCCAACAGAGAUGUCCUGUCCUCAUCCCGCCUACCACCACCAUCACCAACCACCACCACCACCUUCCCAAAUCCCGACGGUGGCCCGGCAGGACACAGGCGCUGCGGUUCAUUCUUAUGCAUGGUCAAAAGUUCUCUGGGGGACCUAAUGACCUGACCCCUUCAAGGGCUACGCGGCAUCAAGACCUCUCAAUAACUGACCACUGCGCUUGCCCACUUUUACCUUCUUCUUAAUCUCACUUUUGGACACAAUAGGUCGCCAUUCACAUGAGACCAGGGCAACAACGGCCACAAGUUUUUGGUCUCGCUGGUGCCCGGGCGCUGACUACCAGUUUGCCCAAUAACUCAACUUGGCACCUUUUGCAGUGCAGUGACUUGCGGGCGAGGCGAGAAUGAACCGCACGCUCCUGCAUGUUCUCGGAGCCCUGCUCCUCUCCUCCUGCGUCCUUGCAACAGACAACUUUCCACAUGCCGACUUGAGUGUGGACCAGCCUGCCGCUAACAAAGAAGCUGAUCCCAGACUCUUCUUCAUCUUUAGCAAUUCCACUACGGGCUCCUUUGUAACCUUCAACACCACCCUGCUCCUCUUCUCCGCCGGCAUCCUGCUCUGGGGCAUAGCCGGUGCCAUUGCCCUUUAUUACCUCCUGACUACCCCUGCCGAGUCCGGCUCUGGCUACUCGGGCUACGGCUCGAGUUCAGGCUAUGGCUCUGACUCCGGCUACUCAGGUCGCCGCAGCCGUGGGUCCUUCGACCCAUACGCCAUCGACUGGGAGAAAUUCUCCAUCCUGGACUGGAUUGCUAUCGGAGAGGAAGCCUGGAGGAAGUUCGACCCAGCUGAUCUUGAAUGCCAGAAGCGCCUCAUCUGUGAAAUCCAUCAAAACACAUCUCGCUUCGGCGCUCCUGCAGCCCGCCUUGUUGAUCUCUUCAGCUACCUGCAGUACGCCGAGGUCCUCUCACUCCCGACGAGUUCAAAGCGCUAUCGAGAGUAUAGAUGA